GGAGGAAUCAUCACCGUUUUUUAGUGGCUAUAUUUAUGUCACCUUUGAUUCACUGGGACCCAAUGGGUAAACUGAGAGUUACAAUGGCUACUUUAACAGGUAAUCAGAUGAUUUACUUUUGGUUUUUGGGUUUUCUUUCCUCACCUGGCUGUGCUGCUCCCGUUUCAGAGACUUUCACGGUUUCAGUAAAGUCUCAUGUCUCAGUCCAGCGAGGUCAUACAGCCAUCUUACCCUGCUGGCUCACCUUCUCUGAGAGUGCAGAAGAUAUGGAGGUACUCUGGUAUCAAGGGAGUGAUCAGUCUGGUACUACUGUCCUGCUUUAUCAGGCAAGAGCUUUCGACUAUUCAUCCCAGAAAGCUUCGUUCGCUGGUCGAGCCUCAUUCGGCUUAAAGGAAGAAACAUCAGGUGGAUUAAAGGCAGGUGAUGUCAGCCUGAAGCUGGAAAAUGUCACAGUUGAAGAUGCAGGAAAAUAUAUAUGCGUUGUCAGCAGCUCUCGUGAUUCUGAUAGUGCAUCUAUUAGUCUGAGUGUGACAGAAACUGGACACCAACCUCUCUUGUCAGCAGUGAUGAGAGACGAUAAAGUUAACAUGAGCUGCCAAUCUGACGGGUGGCAUCCAGAGCCUGAGCUGAGAUGGUCAGACAGCAAAACAGCUCUCAUUCCUGCUAAUGUGUCAUUUAGCAGAAACUCUGCUGGUUUUUAUUCAGUCCAUAGUUGGGUUCUGGUCUCCAGUCCUUCUGAGGUCUCCUGCUCUGUUGGGCUCUUCAGUGAAGAACCAAAGGAGACCAGAAUGCGUCUGAAAAAUUCAUUAGAAGAAGAGUCAGGAUCGUCCUCAGAUGCAUGGGUGGCCUUUGGGAUACUUCUGGCAGCUGUAUUAGUUGCUUUCGGAGUCUUGUACUUCCUGUUCAUCAGGAAGAAAGCUAACAAGUCCAAACCAGGAAAUAACACAACUGAUGGGGCUGAAUUCACAAUCAUUCCUGAAGAGAAUGAAUCACUUCUGUCAAAAGCAACAUGGCGCUCAGCAGCUCUAUUGGAAGCAUCCAAGCAUUAUGUGAAUGUUCAACUGGUGGACACAGGCAAUCAGCUAAUAAAAAUGAGGGAUUCUAUACUGAGAGAAAAUGCUGAUGCAAAGUUUCCAGAUGGAGACAGAGUCACUUGUCUCACUGCAGUCAGAGGAUCACCUGGUUUCUCUUCUGGACGACACUACUGGGAGGUUUGCUUAGCAAAUGCAAAGUUUGACCUCCUCAAGAAGUCCUGGUGGAUCGGAGUUACAGAUAAACAUGAAAUCCCUCAUGAUGAAACUUUAUCUCCAUCCUCAAAAAAUGGUUUCUGGUUCUUGUCUUCUUGCCCCAACCAGGAGGAUACUCUUCAUUUUAGCACUGAACCAGAGACAUUCAUUUAUGUUCAGUCAAAACCAAAAAGAGUCGGUGUGUAUUUGGACUUUGACAACAGAGAGCUCUCCUUCUAUAAUGUGGAAGAGAAAUGUCUGAUUGGAUCUCUGGCAACAAAAUUCACAGGUGAACUGUUCCCACUUUUUAACCCUGGAAAACGUGACCCAGGGACUAUGAAGAUAUUACAGAGAUCUGUUCAGGAUCAGUCAAUUAACACUUAACCUG